AUGGGCCUGGCUCGUCUCCAGGCCAUCACGGGCGCCAAAGCCGCGGAUACCAAGAUUAAGCCGCGGGGCCCCAGGGCCGCCCCGGGCGACCUCGAGUUUGUGAAGAGCUCCCUUUGCAACCUGCUGCUCUUCGGCCGCCUUGACAGGGCCGCACAGGGCAAAAUCGCGGAGCACACGUGGGAGCGUGCCGUGGCGGCCGGGGAAAUCCUGAUCCAGGAGGGGGAGGUCGGGCUCGCGGCCACCGAGCUUUUCGUUGUCAAGUCCGGGAAGUUUGAGGUGCUCGAGCGGCGCAAGGGCGUGAACAUGCGCGUGAACAUCAAGGAGCGGGGGGACGUGUUUGGCGAGGUGUCUCUGCUGUAUAACUGCCCCCGGACGGCGACGGUGGCGGCGACGACGGACGCGGUGGUGUGGGUGCUGGAGCGCGACGUGUUCAGGUGGGGUUGA